AGCCGUUUUCGGAGGAAUUUUGCACUCUACUCAUAUUUUAUGCUUUGCAAGGCAAUGCCACGUAAGAACAAUGAAUAUUACGCUGUUCUUACUGGACGAAUUGAUGAGCCGACAAUAUUCUCAUCGUGGGGCGAUGUACACCCUCGCGUGACUGGAUGCAGGGCAGACCACGCGGCCUUUGAAAAUCUUUUAGAAGCACAAGGUUUUAUGGAGAAAAAGGGAGUCAAGCAGCCUAAACUAGUAAUCAAGGAAGGGGCCGGAGAAACUACACCAUUACUAGGGAAGGAAGCCUUUUACGCAGUUGCCAAUGGUAGAAACCCGGGAAUUUACCCCUACUAUCAUGGGAAAACGAAGCCAGAGGUUGAUCGAUUCCGGGGUGCUUGUCAUAAGCACUUUAGAACACAUUCCCAGGCAGAAGCUUUUAUUGAAGAUUGGAAAAAUUCCUAUGCUGACGUGUGCCGGAGGGAGAUAAAAGCAAAGCUAGAUCAAGGAUUCAGGCCGCCAAAUAUGAAACUGAGGUUCGAUAUCUUGCAAGCAAAUGCCGAAUACGAUAUAAGCGAAGAUAUUACAAAGAUGACCAAGAAGCUGAUUGUGAAGAGUGAAUAGUGGGAGCAUUCAUUCAUGCAUUUUGUCAUGGUGCGGGCUGGCUGGCUGGCUUAAUCACAGGCGAGGUGGUAGGACUAGCAGUUCUGGCUAGGGAUCUCUCAAUACAAGUCUUCUAGGUUCUAUCUUCUAGCUACUUAGUUAAGCUAUCCUCAGGUUUAUAGAUAAGAUAUAGCUCAAAGAGCUAUAAGCAGAGUCAGAAGUAGAAAGAAGAUUAAGAAGAUUAUGG